AUGGUUCAACUUACCACCGCCAUUCUCGUCGCCGCCGCUGUGGCCCCCGCGUUCUCUGCUCCGACGCCGUUUGAGCAGGAAGCCGCCCUCGACGCCCGCGACCCCAAAUUCAGCUUCGGCAAGCUCCUCAAAGGUGCAGGCAAGGUCGUCAAGACCUUCAUCCGUGAGGAAGAGCCCUCACUUGAGGCUCGCGACUACGACGAUGUCAUGGACCUCGACGCUCGCGACCCCAAGUUCUCCUUCGGCAAGAUCCUCAGAGGCGCCGGGAAGGUCGCCAGCCACUUCAUCCGUGAGGACGAGCUCGAGGAGCUGGCAGCGCGCGACCCCAAGUUUUCCUUCGGCAAGAUCCUCAAAGGAGCUGGCAGGGUCGCCAGCCACUUCAUCCGCGAGGACACAGACGGAAACCUGUACUACGUCCGCGAACUUGACGGCGAGGAGUUGGACGCUCGCGACCCAAAGUUCUCAUUUGGCAAGAUACUGAGAGGAGCUGGAAAGGUCGCCAGCCACUUUAUUCGUGAGGACGAGCUCGAGGAGCUGGCAGCCCGCGACCCCAAGUUUUCCUUCGGAAAGAUCAUCAGAGGUGCCGGGAAGGUCGCCAGCCACUUCAUUCGCGAGGACACAGACGGAAACCUCUACUACGUCCGAGAACUCGAUGGCGAGGACCUCGACGCCCGCGACCCCAAGUUCUCCUUCGGCAAGAUACUGAGAGGAGCUGGAAAGGUCGCUAGCCACUUCAUCCGUGAGGACGAGGGCGAGAUGUACGCACGAGAAUUCAGCUACCCCGAGUACGACGAGCUCGAUUAA